CAUACCAAGAAAAAGAAGAAAUUGUUAGGCAAACACCAUGAUUAGGCAACCACUGCCACCACCAUAUUCAGCACUUCAACCCGAAUGGGCGGUACCGGAAGAUGUCCGCAUCAAAUUCUUCAAAUGCAUUAGAUGGCAGCUUGAAGAAACCUUGGAUCCCAUUGACUGCCCUUAUCACUACUUCUGCGACAGCAAUUACCCUGGCAACUAUCCACCUGCUGUGGACAUACUAGUAUUUCUCUUCACACUAGCCUCAUACUUGACAACCCUGGUCAUUAUGGUAAUGGACAUAUCAAGAAGAGGGCAACCUUCCCUUGGUCAGUCAAAGAGAUACCUACUGCCAUCUGGUCCAGUUUCUCUCCCAGUAAUCCUCUUGACACUGGCGAAAGGCCACCGAAUUGACUCCGUGUUUCCUCUCUCGAGCAUUGGCCCUGCAAUCCUCCAAUUAGUUCACAUUUCUGCUCUGACCUUCGACCAUGGGGCUAACAAAGACCUCAAAUAUGCUUUCUUUGAGGCAUCAACAAUUUCUGGAAUUGUACAUGCAAGCCUAUACCUGGACUCUAUUCUCCUACCUUACUAUACAGGUUAUGAUGCCCUAGUGACAUCAACCUUUUCAGGUGAGUGUGCAUCUUGUGUGUGUAGGAAUGAGGUUUUGAUUGUUGGUGGGUUGUUAGUGUCCUACAGGGGGUGGUCACUGACCACAUUUACAGUUGUGGGUGUUCUAUGUUUAAGGAUUGUCUGCAGACUUUCCGGCGAGAAAACAGCCAAUAUUACACUUAUUAGGCCGUGGCUGGAAAGUGUAGCUUGGAUCUUGAUAUUGAUGGACUCGGUUUAUCUAGCGACAAACUCCCCCCCAGAAAGGCCAACCUUGAGAGUUGCUGCUUUUGGAGGUAUAUUCGUUUUGAUCUGCCUUCAUGUACUCAAAAGGGCAUGCACCCUCAUGAUAGAAUGGAAUACCAAGUGGAAGGAGUAAAGUCUCAUUGCACCUCAAAGAAUGGGCAAUUAUCAGGACAUAAAAUUUAAUGAAUUACAUAAUAUAACGAUUGAGACAAAACAACGAGUUCCAUGUGUAAAAUAAUUUUUUUUUAAUGAUUACCAAAUACAUAAAUGGCCAAAACUGAUGAUCUAAAGGUAUCAAUUAUCAUUAAAUAUAAAAGCCGAGUCAGUGAGCAUAUUGAGAGUGACAAGUAUAACUUUCAACCUCAUGUCACGUAUCACCCCUCCACCUGAAAAUGCUUCUAUUCCACUCUGAAGGAGCAUGAUAGAAGUAUUCCAAAGCAAGUCACAAGAAAAAUCUCCUUCGGCUUGUGUCCAUUUCCGGCUAACAUUCAAAUUGGAAAAGGAAACAAAUAGAAGUAUCAGAGGCAUGAGCAAUUUUCUUUCUUCUUUUUUUUUUUUUUUUUUUUUUUUUUUUUUUUU